AGAACAUGUUUAAAAUAAAAUUUUAGAGUUUUAAAUGCGUUUUUACUAACAGUGGUUCUGAGUAAGGGUGUCAAUCGGUCGACCCGAUUCCAAACCGUUUUCUCAAACCUCACUGGAAUGAACCCAAAAAAAAAAAUCAUCCACAACAGUACCAAGAUGCCACCUCAUAUCGACACGUGUCAGAAUUUUAUCAAGCGCACCUUUAGGUAAGAUGGUUCUGGAAUGCCCUUCCUCUGUUUUUCAUCUCCCGAUAAAUACCCCACGCACAAACCCCCUCCCAAUCACCGACAUCACUCAACCCAGACUUCCAGAAAGCUCUCCAAUGGCGCUCGUACCCCGCACCUACACAGGCACAGGCCAAGGCCAAGGCCAACUGAGCAAUAUCUUUGGUGACUUUGAUCGCCAACUAAGCAACUUCUUUGAUGGCAGACUGAACAGCUUCUUCGAUCACUUCUCCCGCGACCUCUGGAAUUGGAAUUCUCCAUUCCCUGAAUUCUCCUUUCCCCUCACUAAUGCCUUGUCUUCCUUCCCUCCCUGUGAUUGGAGUGAAACCCCAGAAGCCCACAUCUUCAUAGCCGAUAUUCCUGGGCUUAGAAGUGAAGAAAUGAAGGUUGAAGUUGAAGAUGACAGAUUUCUCAAGAUCAGUGGCCAGAGAAACAACGAUGUGGAAGAAUCAGGUGAUGGAUGGUACCGUUCUGCGCGUAGCUCUGGCAGGUUUGUUCAGCGGUUCCCGUUGCCUGAGAAUUCUAAGGUGGAUCAGGUUAGGGCAUCCAUUGAAGAUGGGAUUCUUACUGUUACCAUUCCAAAGGGAGAUGUUAGGAGACCAGAAGUGAGAGCCAUUGAAUUUGCUGAAUGAAGUUUGAAGCAGGGAGUGUUCUGAGUCAGAGAAUUUAGGAAUGUAAGUGUUGGGAGGUUUUAGUGGGUUUAAAGGGUAUGUCUGUUGUAAACUACUUGUAAUUAAUAGUUUAAUAUGCCUCAAAUGAAGGUUGUUGAGUUCUCUGAUUAAAGUUUAAAGCAGAAAGACUUGAAAGCAGGGACUUUGGAAAUCUAAGUUCGGGGUGUUUGAUGGGUUCUGUUUGUAUUUCAGUUGUUUAUAUGUGUCUGCUUUUCUGAUCUUUAUGAGUUGCUCUAUUUAGUCUGUGGGUGUUUGUGGUUUUUUUUCUCUGCUAAUGACAAGCUUUGAACUUUCUAA